UUAACGCAAACUGACUAUCUGAACCACACAAUGGACAAUGAACAAAAGGCAGAAGAGCAGAGUUUAUUUCCCACCGCUGUGUCAGAAGAGGAGCUGGAGGAGGCCCGGAGCAAAAGCUCCUUCAAGCAGCUUUUCAGCUCCAGUAAAAUCUUUCUGGCGCCGGGAGAGAAACGGCCCCCAAGACCAGAGCUACAGAUGAGCCUCAUCACCCAGAGCAAGGCUGCACAACAUUACACCGAUGGAACCGAGGCAAUGGGAAAGUCCCAGUAUGAGAAGGCUGUGAUCUGCUUCUCCAAAGCCAUCACACUGCAGCCGCAACAGACCGGGCUGUAUGUGAGCCAGGCGGAGGCCUACCUGCAGCUGUGUGACUUCCAGUCAGCAGCGGCCUGCUAUAAACGGGCCGGGCUCCUGGAGCCCGGAGCCUGCGGCCCCCGCUUGGCCUUCGUCUACUACCUCCAGGGCCAGUGUUUGUUUGACCGAGGCCUUUUCCUCGAGGCUCUGGAGGCCUUCAGCAAAGCUGCCGAGGUGAAGCCCGGCUGCAGGGCCCACGAGGUCAGAAGUCUGGCCUGUCUGACGGCUGCAGGUCACCACGCUGACUGUCUGAAGCAGGUGAACGACUGGAUGCUGUCGGACGGUCCCACAUCCGACCUUUACGUCCUCAGAGCCCGACUGCUCAAACUGCUCAACCAGACGUCACGAUGUUAUCGGGACGUGAAGUCGGCGUUGGCGUUGAGCCCUCGGUGUCCGCAGGCCGCGGCCCUGCUGCUGCAGCUGCAGGAGGCCGGCGAGGAGGCCACAC